AUGAGCAGUGUAGUCAUCUUCCAUUCUGCUGCCAUGAUUGUUGUUGCUGUGACCGAAACUGCGUCACCUGCUGCUGUUCUGGUCAAUCUGCCACCGGACCUGUUGCUGCUCCUGCUACUUGUCACAACGUUUUUUUGUUCAUUCUGUCAGUAUGAUGAGUUUUUUUCUUCCGAAAUUCGUCCGUUUCGAUUGUUAAAACCAGUGAAUGACGCUGGUUUCAUAACAACGGAGAAGAAAACGCAUAUAGCCGGAAUCCGAGUGGAAGGCCUACCAACCGAGGAUAACGGCUUCGUCGGAUACAGGUUAGCCUCUCCCCGGUUUUCAUCCUCUUCUGGUUAUUUUACCGCCCAGCUUGCGCUGAUGGCCAAUAUGUGUGGUGUAGUGUAUCAGUAA